AUGUCAAGUGGGCCCCAUCACCAGGUCAGAGGUCAAGAGGCCCCAUCACCAGGUCCAGAGGUCAAGUGGGCCCCAUCACCAGGUCAGAGGUCAAAGGGCCCAUCACCAGGUCCAGAGGUCAAGGGGCCCCAUCACCAGGUCCAGAGGUCAGAGGCCCCCAUCACCAGGUCAGGGUCAGGGCCCCAUCACCAGGUCAGAGUCCAAGACCCAUCACCAGGUCCAGAGGUCAGAGGGCCCCAUCACCAGGUCAGAGGUCAAGUGGGCCCCAUCACCAGGUCAGGGGUCAGAGGGCCCCAUCACCAGGUCAAGAGUCAAGGGGCCCCAUCACCAGGAUCCAGAGGUCAGGAGCCCCAUCUCACCAGGUCAGAGGUCAAGUGGGCCCAUCACAGGUCAGAGGUCAGAGGGCCCCAUCCUCAUAUCAGAGGUCAAGAGGGCCCCAUCACCGGUCAGAGGUCAAGUGGGCCCAUCACCAGGUCAGAGGUUAAGGGCCCCAUCACCAGUACUAUGGGUUAUCUUUCAGUAAUAUGGGUAUCCCUUGAGUACUAUGGCUAUUCUUUGAUUACUAUGGCAUUCUUUGUGUACUAUGACAUUCCUGAGUACUACGACAUCUCUUGA